CCCCCCCCCCCCCCCCCCCAAUGCCCUCCCGCCUUCUCUGAAGCCGAAGACGCCCAUCGCUCCCGGGAGUCGGGGGUCCCGCAGCACGCGAUCGCGAGAUCGGGCUUAUGUCGGGGGGCGGCAGGCCGCCGGCUGCGCAGAAAAUCCUGCAGUCGCUGCGCCCGCCCCCGGUGUUCUCCACGCCGUCGCGGCCUCCCUUCGCCUCACCCGAUGACUACCACCGCUUUCAUGCGCCGACUACCCCUUCUGCCACCGGCUCCGGCGGCAUCGGCGCCGGUGGUGUUGGCGGCGAUAUUGAUGAGGGGCUUGUUAUACGGACGCAGCUAAAAAGAAAAGCCACACGUGAAGAAAAUAAUGCGGCUGAGUCGAGUGACUGUAUGAUUGUCACCACUGGAGUUACUGGCAAUCCGCUACUCACCCCAGUGUCCGGAAAAGCUGUUAAGAAUUCUAAAUCAAAGACUAAGAACAAUAAAGCUGGGCCUCAGACACCUACGCCAAAUGUUGGCUCACCACUCAAUCCAUCAACUCCUGCUGGUACUUGCCGCUAUGACAGUUCGUUAGGACUUCUGACAAAGAAGUUCAUCAAUUUGCUGAAGCAAGCUGAGGAUGGCAUUCUAGAUUUGAAUAAUGCUGCAGAAACACUAGAGGUUCAAAAGCGACGCAUAUAUGACAUCACAAAUGUCCUCGAAGGAAUUGGUCUUAUAGAAAAGACACUUAAAAACAGAAUUCGUUGGAAGGGCUUGGAUGAUUCAGGAGUGGAAUUAGAUGAUGGCCUUUCAGGUUUGCAGACAGAAGUUGAAAAUCUUAAUUUGCAGGAGCAAGCCUUAGAUGAGCGUAUAAGUGAUAUGCGCGAAAAGCUAAGGGGGUUAACGGAAGAUGAGAACAGUCAAAGAUGGCUCUAUGUGACGGAAGAUGAUAUCAAGGGAUUACCCUGCUUUCAGGUCUGCUACUCUACUUACAUGGGUGAACUGUCAUGUGGGGCACGUCUUACAGACGUGGGCCGCGCGGCCAGGAGCAGCCGACGGCCGCAUCAGAAUGAAACUCUAAUUGCAAUAAAAGCUCCUCAUGGUACUACACUUGAAGUACCAGAUCCUGACGAGGCUGGUGAUUAUCUCCAGAGGAGAUACAGAAUCGUAUUAAGAAGUACCCUGGGUCCAAUAGAUGUUUACUUAGUUAGUCAAUUUGACGAUGGAUUUGAGAAUUUGGGUGGUGCUGCAACACCUCCAAGGCAUACAAAUGUCCCAAAAUCUGGACCUUGUGAAGACUUACAUGCAACAAACGCUACACAAAGCAGCAAAUCAAUCAAUGUGGAAUAUAAUAUUCAGCACAGGCAGAAUACUCCACAAGAUCCUAGUUCUUCAAAUGAUUAUGGAGGGAUGACAAGGAUAAUCCCGUCAGAUGUUAAUACUGAUGCUGAUUACUGGCUCCUAACAGAGGGUGACGUUAGUAUUACUGACAUGUGGGAAACAGCACCAGAAGUGCAGUGGGACACCGCUGUGUUUUUACCCGAAGAUGUUAGCACCCCACAUGCACAUCAUAGACCGCGGAUGCAGGUUCCAAGCAUGGAUCAACCAUAAGGUCAUGGCGGUGAAAACUUGACAUAUGGAAUUCCUGGAGCGCUGUUUCAGGAAAUACUGAUUUCAAAAUGGAAAGAUCAGGGCAGCAAGUUCAGACUGAUCACCGUUCUGAAUUUGCUGUUUGUUAUGGAGACGAUUGGUGCCAACUAACUUAUCAGUCUGCUGCCUUGUUUGUUCUGGCACCUGUCCUUCAGUUGAAAAGGUGCCCAUGUGCAUAUUGCACCUUGAAUUCGGGCUUGCUAUGCACAUUCGGUAUCUGCUUUAUUUAAUCUCUAACUGAGUAUAUUUUGCAAGGCAAUAGUGGCUCUGUAGCUCUCUUGGGAAUUAAUACGAAUCUUUUUGAGCAAAAACAGUAGGGAAGUCCCCUGUUGUGACUCUUCCAUUAUAUAAAUAGAGUUUAUACAAAGGGGUAAUACAAGUGGAGUUGGGUGAGACAAGGGCAUGUCACAAAUGAUCUAACCAAGUUUGCAUGCCCUCCACCAAACUAUGUUUAGCUCUCUUUAUGAUUAAACCAAAAUGUUCAUUGAAGCUAAUGUCACUGAAGCCUAAUACCCAGCAAUAAGAGCUUCCUAGUAGCACAUGAUGUCCAAUCUGUUUCUAGCUUCAGUAAGCAUCUUAAGCAGUUCCAAUUCUGGUUGCCAUUCAAUCUUUAGGGACAACCAGAAGUUUUGACUGAAUUCAUAGCUGAAGAAGAUAUGAAGCAAAUCUUCAUUGGUCUCUUCAGUACACACAUGUACUGUCAUCAAUAUGUAUGUUUUUUUUUCUGGUUAUAAGGUCUCUGGUGUUUAAAUUUGUCCUAAAUCAGGAGGUAGAAGAAAAAUUCCGAUUUAAAAGACAUGAAGAUUUCCA